GAACAUAGCCUAUUUGAACACAUUAGUAAAGUUCUUAUUUAAUGCCACAUCAUCAUUUGAGAAUCAUCUCUCUGGAAAACAGCCGCGAAAGAUAAAAAGGACAUUGAUAAUUUCAUUUGAAGUAAACGGUCUCUCGUCAUUUUGGAAGAGCUUUCAGUUGGACGCCACACCACAACGAGAGAUUCCAGUAUGGCUAGUUUUGUCAACGUCGGCAUCGUGGUCGGCAUAUUUCUGCUCCUGAUCGGCGGCGGGGUCGACGAAGUCCAGGGACAGACCGUUCAUUCGGCUCUUCUGACCAAGACACAUACUCCGGCCCCUCCACCACCGUUCAGAGAAUGUGCAUGCAGCUCAAGCCCGUGUCACCAUGGAGGAGUGUGUACGAAUAAGCGCAUUGGUGAAGGAACCGCAGCUACCAUAGACUUUGAAUGUGAUUGUAAAGAUGAAUGGACAGGCGACGUUUGUACCAUAUGUAACACGGUCACUAAAGAGAUCAUGUGCACUGACGUGUGUCCCAGCCGAAAAAACCAAAUAUGUGAAGACGGCGGAGAGGGCUCCAUCGUAGCUUUGAUGCCCUGCGACACAGGUACGGACUGCGCAGAUUGUUUCGCCCGAUGUUUGCUGAAGGUGUAAAAUAAAUGUUGUUUUUAUUCUGAAGGGGGGGCAAAUGUACAAGCAUUAUUGAAUGUGUGUAAUAGAAUUCGUUCAUUUAUCUUGAAUUAUAUAUAUAUAUACAUACUAAUUUUUUUUGUAUUGCAGUGGUUAUCACUGAUCACUAUAAAAGUGUAGAACGAUAUAAAAAAAGAUUUUAAUGUCGGCGCUCUUUCGUUAUAAGAAACCUUCUAAACUUAACCACACAAACACACACCCUACUUUACCAACAUACAUCACAAUUCUAUUCAUACUUCACGCAUUACUUUUGGAAUAAUUCAGCAACCAUUACACAUGCUAGUUUGGGGAUUUUUCAGAGCAAUAGGGAUCAAUACUUAAAGGUACUAUGUCCCAUUUGCAGGCCAAACAAAAAGGAAAAGGUUAAAUUCCAACGGCAUUUGAAAGAUAAUACUAAUUUAGAACUUCCCUCAAAACGAAAGGGCUUAAAAUGUCUGUAAGUUGGAAACUAACGACCAUUAGUUUUCUAAUCGACUUUCGUGAUUGCAAUCACUCAAGUAAUAGUCUGAUUUUUAGACCCUUGUACCGAAUGGUCGUACGUUUUGUGCUGCGCAAAGAUUCGAUCACUUU